AUGAAUGGUACGCUCCUAUGCACAUUAUUCAUUUUGAUAUUAUCCGCACGAUGUCCAAUUUCGAGUCGAUUGUUGAAUAUAAUUUUUGUUAAUACAAGAUUUGAUACAAACUUCAUGACUGGUGUUAGAUUUACUGGUAGAAAUACUACGUUAUAUUCAAAAGACGAAGACAGGCCAAGAAACGGUGAGAAUUCUGAAGAAAAUAAAGAGAACGUCAAUAAUAAAGGUACUAGUAACGAAAGUGAUGAUAUUGGUAAACCAAAUACCACAGAAUCUGUUGAAGAAGUAGAAAACAAAACCGAUAAUGGAACGCAGCCUCGAAGUCGUAUAGAAACAUAUGAUGAAUUCAUUCGUUUUAGAGAUUCCAGCAGACCUCCCGACAGUCAUUACCCCCCGGGACCGGGAAUCGGUGUGAAGAGAUCUGGAUCCUCCAAAAUUGAGGGGAAUUCUCUGAGCGCCGUCUCGAUUUUAAUUUGCGUGCUCCGAGUUUCAUUAUAG